CAUGAAUGGACUCGAUCGGCAAAUGCAUGGAUCCGCAACUACCACUUGAGAUCAGUGUUCCGGGCGUUCCACGUGAUCGUCGUCGCACCAACACCAACACCAAUACCAACCCCAGAGGACGCGAGCCUGCAAGCUCCUAUAUUAUGCCCACGAAUCACACCCAGCAAAGCGAAGCGAAGCAAGCAGAGCUAGAAGCAGCUCACACUCCACACUCGUCUCGCCCGGCCAUACCCCAAGGCAAGCAGGGGCACGGGCAAUUAACAAUGGCCACCACCGCCACCCCGCAGCUCCUCGGCGGCAGCGUGCCGCAGCAGUGGCAGACGUGCCUCCUGGUGCUCCUCCCUGUGCUGCUGGUGUCCUACUACCUCCUCACCAGCAGGAGCAGGAACAGGAGCAGGAGCGGCAAGCUGGGCGGGGCGCCGCGGCUGCCGCCGGGCCCUGCGCAGCUGCCGAUCCUGGGCAACCUGCACCUGCUGGGCCCGCUGCCGCACAAGAACCUCCGCGAGCUGGCGCGGCGGUACGGCCCCGUGAUGCAGCUCCGUCUAGGCACCGUGCCGACGGUGGUGGUGUCCAGCGCGGAGGCGGCGCGGGAGGUUCUCAAGGUGCACGACGUCGACUGCUGCAGCCGGCCGGCGUCGCCCGGUCCCAAGCGCCUCUCCUACGACCUCAAGAACGUCGGCUUCGCGCCCUACGGCGAGUACUGGCGCGAGAUGCGCAAGCUCUUCGCGCUCGAGCUCCUCAGCAUGCGCCGCGUCAAGGCCGCCUGCUACGCGCGCGAGCAGGAGAUGGACAGGCUCGUCGCCGACCUCGACCGCGCCGCCGCGUCCAAGGCCUCCAUCGUCCUCAACGACCACGUCUUCGCCCUCACCGACGGCAUCAUCGGCACCGUCGCGUUCGGCAACAUCUACGCCUCCAAGCAGUUCGCGCACAAGGAGCGCUUCCAGCACGUGCUGGACGACGCCAUGGACAUGAUGGCCAGCUUCUCCGCCGAGGACUUCUUCCCCAACGCCGCCGGCCGCCUCGCCGACCGCCUCUCGGGCUUCCUCGCCCGCCGCGAGCGCAUCUUCAACGAGCUCGACGUCUUCUUCGAGAAGGUCAUCGACCAGCACAUGGACCCGGCGCGCCCCGUGCCGGACAACGGCGGCGACCUCGUCGACGUCCUCAUCAACCUGUGCAAGGAGCACGACGGCACGCUCCGCUUCACCAGGGACCACGUCAAGGCCAUCGUCCUCGACACCUUCAUCGGCGCCAUCGACACCAGCUCCGUCACCAUCCUGUGGGCCAUGUCGGAGCUGAUGCGGAAGCCGCAGGUGCUGAGGAAGGCGCAGGCCGAGGUGCGGGCCGCCGUGGGCGACGACAAGCCGCGCGUCAACUCGGAAGACGCCGCCAAGAUCCCGUACCUGAAGAUGGUGGUCAAGGAGACGCUGCGGCUGCACCCGCCGGCGACGCUGCUGGUGCCCCGGGAGACGAUGCGGGACACCACCAUCUGCGGCUACGACGUGCCGGCCAACACGCGCGUCUUCGUCAACGCCUGGGCCAUCGGCAGGGACCCGGCGAGCUGGCCGGCGCCCGACGAGUUCAACCCGGACCGCUUCGUGGGGAGCGACGUCGACUACUACGGCUCGCACUUCGAGCUCAUACCGUUCGGGGCCGGCCGCCGGAUCUGCCCGGGACUCACCAUGGGCGAGACCAACGUCACCUUCACCCUCGCCAACCUGCUCUACUGCUACGACUGGGCGCUGCCGGGGGCCAUGAAGCCGGAGGACGUCAGCAUGGAGGAGACCGGAGCGCUCACGUUCCACCGGAAGACGCCGCUUGUGGUGGUGCCCACCAAAUACAAGAACCGCCGCGCCGCCUAGUGAGCAGAGCCGAGCAGAGCAAUGGUCGACGACGACGACGACGACGACGACUGAAUAAGCGUGCCAAAGUUUAGUACUACGUACGUACGUACCUACUGCUACUACGUACAGCUAGCCAACAGUCAGAGUUGGACACUGUUGGAGCUAUCAUCCGGUCCUCUUCUUUUUGUGAUACGUAUUUGUUAUGUGUUUUAGUGCCGCAAAGCACAAAAUAAAUAAAGCCCAUCACAGUCGCGAGUUAUAUUAUCCCUGAUCGAAUCCAUUAUCA